GUCGCCUGCAGUUCAGUCUCCAGUUAAAUUGCUGAGCCGCCCAUUCAUUCAUUCAUUCAUUCAAUGCCAACCUACCUCGUCACUGGCGGCACUGGCUUCCUCGGCACCCACGUCGUGCAGCAGCUCGUCCAAGCCGGACACCAAGUGCACGUUCUGGCUCGCUCGCGUGGCAGCAGUGCAGGACCCGCGUCGUCGGAAGCCGGGUCGGGCUCUGCGGGGUCGGGCACAGUCACCUUCCACAAGGGCUCAGUGACCUCGGUUGCGGACAUUCUGGCGGCCGUCCAGAAGCCCAGCCCCGCCGCUCAGAAUGCCGCUGGAGCUCUGGCACAAGCACAGACGAGCGACAAUGCUGCUGCAAGCACAUCUGAAGUGAGUCCGGCGAGCUCCGAGCACAUCCAGCUCGACGGGAUUUUCCACCUUGCCGGCGUCGUCACGCAUUCAAACAAUCCCGCGCUCGUUGCAGACAUGUUCAAGACCAACGUGGAUGGCACCGUCGCUGUCAUUGAUGCUGCUGCUCGCCUCGGAAAUUGCCGGGUCGUGCUUGCUUCGACCUCGGGAGUUGUGGCGUGUAGCUUUGACUCGACGCAAGUCGCCAACGAUGAUUCUCCUUACUGCACAGAUGCCGUUGCCAACCUGCCUUACUACCAGCAAAAGAUUGCCGUUGAGCAACAAGUGCAACAGUUGGCUCGCGAGCGAAACGUUGAAGUGGUCAUGAUGCGACCCACGUUGGUCCUCGGACCCGGCGACGCUCGGCUCAGCUCGGUGCGCACCGUGCGUGAUUUUGUCAAGCGGAACAUUCCAUUCACUCCCAGCGGUGGACUGAGUGCUGUUGAUGUGCGAGAUGCCGCGACCGCCUUUAUUUCUGCCAUGACCAGCCCGGCAGCAGUUGGCAACACAUACUUGCUGAAUGGAUACAACAGCAGCGUGCGCGACUUUUUCCAACUCUUGCAAACAGAGACGGGAGUGCAUGCGCCACGCCUUUCAGUGCCUGGUUGGAUGGCGAUUGCUGGAGCAGUCGUUCUUGAUGGUCUUGUGCGGCUUUUCACUGGUCGUCGCGACCCCAGCAUCGAUCCUGCCUACGCUCGAAUGGGCACUCUGUUCUGGUAUGCAUCGAUUGGAGCCGAAUCGCGUGCAGGCCGUGACCUCGGCUGGAAAACGCGCGACAUUCGCGAGACUGUCCGCGACACGCUCCAGUGGCUCCGAGACAACGAAGAGCUUGUCAGCCGCCUCGAGCGAGGGGAAGCUGCAUGAAUCUUUGAAUUUGGGUUGAAUGUCUGAGCAGCGCUAAUGAUUUGUUUUUGUGUGUUCCUCUUUGACUGUUUGCUGUUACUGUUGUUGUUAUUGUUGCUGUUGUUACUCUUGUCGCCUCUCGUAGAACCACUUUGUAAGCUGAAACAGUGUUCAUCCUGCAGUAUUGUCUUCGUUGUCCGAGUCUUUCUGCAUCCAGAAUUUUCCUUCUUAUAUUUCUUAUCA